UUAAUGAUAGGUUCAGUUAGCUUAACGUUAGCUCGGGUGUAUCUACCUAAUUACUAUAGCAAUCUGUACCAGCAUUAAAGCGUUAAGCUUUACAUUGAUUUAAAACAUUAACGGUGAUGACACAUGUACGACAAACACUAAAGAUACGUUUAAAUGAUUAUUUCACCGUCAGCGAUGCCGCUCCAACUCCCGCUUAGGUCCGCCAUUUCAUUUUUUUUAAACAAGCCAGCAAAGCCGCGCGCAAAGGAUUGUGGGUGAUAUGGGAGCGCGAAGGAUACACAUAUGCAUCCUUUGCCGUCUAUGGGGAUUUCUCCGAACGAAGGACUCAGUCCUUGGUAGAAUUCGGAGGAUCCUCGACAUUGGAACGGUCCUUCGACGGACGUCGAUGACGUAGCAUCCUCGAAAUUCUGGCUUCGAAGGAUCCUUCCUUGACAUUGAGAAACACUGUGGGUCUGUCUCAUAGACCAUUUACGCAAAAACCGGAAAUACGUCAAGGAAGCGUAAACCCAAUUCCGGUGUAUGCUUUGUUGACGGAGAAAUGGCAGCUAGAGUGUUUUCAACUAGCCUGACUUGUCUUCCGAAGUUCACCAGCGCCAAUGUGGUGAAGAGUGUGGAGAUACAUUCAUCCACUAAAGGGAACAAACUGGACAAGGGUUAUAAAUUCUUCCACGAAGAGUUUAUCCACAAUUACCAAGUAUCAAAUAUACUCCAGAGACAGGUUGUAGUGAGAGGUAGAUGCUUCAGGUCAAUGAGGAAGAGCGAAGAGCCUCACAAACUGGAGAUAUCACUGGCAGCAGAAAAUGCCAACCUGAAUGCUUUCUCCUGCAGUUGUGCGGCUGGUAAAGGAUUCUGCAAUCACAUAGUUGCCAUCCUUUACCAGACCGCACAUUAUUCACAGCUGGGUCUGCAGGCUGUUCCACCCCCCCUGGCCUGCACAAGUGGCUUACAAAGAUGGCACAGACCAAGAACACAGGGAAUCCAUCCUGAACCUGUGAGUGAGCUGGUGGUGCAAAAGCCCAAAACAGUUGGCAAGAACGGUCUGAGGUCCACACUGUACAAGGCAUAUACAGAGCAGGAGUCUGCAGCUCUUCAGAUGAUCAGAGGCUCCACAAAGCAAACCGCUGCAAUGAAGCGUGGUCUGCUGGUGGAGCCUGAAGUGCUGACAAACUAUGCUGAACUGAUGUGAGUUAAUGUGCUACCAGCAGGACUUGUCAUUCACCCUGACGCACCACACCUCGGGGCCAGUCCGGACGGUCGGGUGAAUGACCCUUCAGAGACGCCUCCCUUUGGCCUGGUUGAGGUGAAGAGCAGCACAAAAAAUUAUCCAUCUCAGGUUGCUCACCUCAAGGUGCAGGAAGGCCAGGCCAGUCUGAGGCGUUCACAUAAAUACUACUGGCAGGUUCAGGGCCAACUGGCAAUCACAGGACUGACAUGGUGUGACUUUGUUACGGAUACCCUAUCAAGUUUAACUGUGGAAAGAAUUUGGCGUGAUGACUCAUUCAUAGCGGAAAUGAAAGAGAAAUUAGAUAUAUAUUAUGAUGGCACAUAUAUGAAUGCAUACCUUGAAUUCCACUAAUCUUGUCAAUCUUACCAAUCAGUUUUGCCUUCUGUGUUACUGUUGAUGAACUGUAGUUAUUUUGUAUUGUAAGUGUUUGAUGUUAUUUAUUUAAUCAGUUGUUAUUAAUCAGUUGUUACACAUACCAAAAACUUCAAGGAUGCAUCAUUUUGACCAAAAUUGUUUUAAUUGUUCGUCUAAUGUUUUAGAAA